GAGGACGCCGGCCUCCGCAAGGAGGAAGCGCGCUCCAGGGAGGGCUCCCGGGCGCGCGAGGCGUAUGUCAAAAGGGCUACAGCUCUGAAGGAUGACCCACGCUACAAGCACGUGGACGGGGGCCCAGACGAUGUGUUCUUCGCAGCCGCGGCCGCAGGUUGCCUCAAGCUUGAUGACGGAGACUACACGUUCGAGGUUUGUUUGUUCGACAAGGCCACCUCCACAAGCUUCUCUCCGACAUCGACCAGUUUGACACAUGUGUUGUCCGUUUGA